GAUGGUUUCUCUGAAAGCCGAAGAGCUGAAGACAACAAACCCGCACCAGCAGGUCGUGACCCCACGUGGCCGGAACGCGUCCCCGGGAGUGACGUCAUCUCGUACAGGCAUUGACGACGUUCAUUAGCGGCGCUAAGAUGGCGGCAGACGCGGAGGCGUUGCUGCGGAUCAGGAAUCGUUUCCGUCAGGAGACGCAGGUUGUGCCCUCCCAGGAGGCGACAGAUUUAGAAGAUGAAGCAAAGAAGAAAGAAAAACCGCUUCCUCGAUUUAAUAUACACUCCAUAUUCUGGAUUUUAUCUUCCAUUGCAGUGACAUACUAUGUUGAUUUUUUUUCUACAAUUAAAACAGAUUAUCGAAUAGAAGGUCGAUGGUUCCUUUUGGGCAGCUCACUACUGAUAAUUAGCUUGCUUAUUGCUAUCUACUGCAUAUUUUACCUGGAGUGGUACAAGGAGGUCAGAGAAUAUGAGCAGUAUAAUCCUACGCUGAUUCCUUCUGCUACAGCUGCUUUUAUUGCUGCAUCAGUGUGCUUUAACGUUGCAUUGUGGCCAGUGUGGUCUUUCUUUACUCCUUUCAUUCUCUUCACUCAAUUUAUGGGCCUUGUAAUGUUAGUAUCGCUCCUGGGAUAAUGCUCUGCAGAGUUCAGUUUGGUGUGUCCUGCAAAUAAAAGUGUUCUUUCCUGACUCUGGGGUUGUCAAGUUCAGUGAGUUAAACUUGCAUUUAAAAAAAUAAGCAUGUAUAAUUUAUUCUUGAACUAUAAUUAGAUUGUGGAACUAAACUAUUUUUAUAAAAGCUAAAGGAAAUUACAUUUAUGUAGUUCUGUGAAUAGUGUAAUUAAAGAAUUUAAUAAAAUUUGCAAAAUGUGAUCUUCCAACAUGAUUUUGGAACUCCCUGAAACUGCAGCUGAUGUUCCCUUACUCAUGGACUGCCAAGAAAAUUUGCAAAUAUCUUUGUCAGUCAUUCCCAAAAGAUCCAAACUAUUUUCUAAUUGGUUCACUGCUUUCCUUGACCUGUUAAGUAUAACCUGAUUCCAUUGUUCUGCAAAUGCCCUUUUCAUUCACUAGGUUAGUAUUGUUUCAGUUCUUCAUGGGAUAUGUGCAUCCAAGCUACUUAUGAAAUAAAGACCAGGUUAUAAAAGUUAUCCCUUUAGAAAUUUUGCACCAACUUGGAAGAAAACAAAAAGCAGAGGAAAUCAGUGCUCAGGUUGUUUGUUGUUUAACUUAAAAUUGUAUACUACAAAUUUAAAUGUGCUUUAAUUAGAUUGAGAUUGCUGUAACUUCUAAGUUAAUUCUAUGGAAAUUUCAUAAAACCUCUUGAACAAAGGA